CUUACAUUCACUUGAAGUUUCCAGAGCAGCAGUCUGGCGCACAUCCCUCACCUGCCUCCUCUCCUCCGACUCUGCUGCACACAUGCUGUCUGAGAGGCAAACGAGGAAGAGAAUCAGCCUCAAGGACUCUGGAAUCUACUUUGAACAACUUUAAACGCACACCUCAAUUUCGUAAACCUCGCAUUUUACGCUCAGUUUGCGCCGUUCUCUUCCAGAGCCUGAUGAAAAACUCCGAGAAACAAAGUUUAUUAUUAUGACUCUUGCGGCAGCUGAGGUGAAGGUGCGUCUGAAGGCACAUUUCUUCUAUGGAUUUCUGUUGGCACUUUAAUUGAAGAAAUCAGCCGAGAACUUUACAAUUGUGUCCCGAAGCGGAGCGUCAGUGGAGGCGUUUGGCAAUAAGCAACAUCAAUUCAGUGCCAAGUGGCUGAACAGGAGGCAGAAGUUGUGCGCAAGCGGUGGAUUUAUGUGAAGUGAAACCAGAAGACGUCGGUUAAAAAUCUGGAUUCCGUGAUGUAUAUGUGAAAGUUUCCCCCAAUCCGAAUUCAUUUCGUUCGGACAAGGGGAAACUUUAAUGGAUUUUUUAUGUGGGACCCGCUAGGAUGGACGUGGUAGAUGAAACAGAAGCGUUACAGAGAUUUUUUGAGGGUCAUGAUAUUACCAGUUCUCUGGAGCCAGCCAACAUCGACACCAGUAUCCUGGAAGAGUACAUCAGCAAGGAGGACGAUAGCACUGACAUCUGUUUCUCAGAGGUCCACAGCACCCCAGGACCAAAUUACUCAUCCCCCCAGGCAGGAGUGUCCUCCUCCGGAGGGUUAGUGUGUGGUGUGAGCCCCCCUAUUCCACUGCGCCAAGGAGCCCCUCCACCCGGGCCUCCUAGCUGUCAGAACGCCUACCCCCCAGGUCCAUCCCUGGGCCUCCGACACAGCUACCCCUGCCUGGGACAACAGCAGCAGCAGCAGCAUCACCAACAACACCAGCAGCAGCAACAGGGUCACGUCAAACCUGAACACAGGGGCCAUUACGCUCCAGGGACACUACCUGAGUCCCCUCCAGACUCCAGCUCUGAGCCGUACUCUCCUCAGCAGGUGAAUGAUCCUCACAUGAUCAGGACCAUGACACCAGAGAACAUGUGUCAGAUGACUCCAACGCCACCCCUCCCGCCGCACGGCCACUAUCCCAGCAUGCAUCGGGACAUGUACCUGAAGCCUGAGCCCAUGAUAUCGCAGUAUCCUAUUGGUCCAGCCACGAGCGGAAGCGGAGACAUGCAGCAGACGCAGAUGCUCCAUCAGUUACUGCAGCAUCCUCAGGGCCAAGAUAUGUGUGUUUCUGUUUCCUCUCACAGCAGCAUCCCAGUUCAUCAGGCUAAGAAGAGGAAGCACUCCGACUCUCCCAACAGCACCCUGAAUUCCCAAAUCCUCACAGGUAUCAUCAAACAGGAACCAGGUUUAAUGCAGGAUGCAGACAACGCCUACCUGGACCCAAAUUAUCAGUGCAUUAAGUGGCAACCUCAUCAGCAGAACAAGUGGACUCCACUAUAUGAUGCCAACUGCAAAGAGCUUCCAAUGCCAACGUACCGUGUCGAUGCCGACAAAGGUUUCAACUUCUCCUUGGCUGACGACGCUUUUGUGUGCCAGAAGAAGAACCACUUCCAGGUCACAGUAUACAUCGGCAUGCUCGGAGAUCCUAAAUACAUCAAGACAAGUGAUGGACUGCAGCCCAUUGAUUGCUUCUAUCUCAAGCUCAAUGGAGUAAAGGUGGAAGCGAUGAAUCAGUCCAUCAGUGUGGAGCAGUCACAGUCUGACCGCAGCAAGAGGCCUUUCAAGCCAGUGCUCGUCACUUUGCCCCCAGAGCAGGUCACGAAGGUCACAGUGGGGCGGCUCCACUUCAGCGAGACCACAGCAAAUAACAUGAGGAAGAAGGGAAAACCGAAUCCCGAUCAGAGGUAUUUCAUGCUGGUGGUGGCGCUGCAUGCUCAGUCCCACAGUCAGAGCUAUACUGUGGCUGCUCAAGUGUCUGAGAGGAUCAUCGUCAGGGUAACGUCUGGCCAUGCAUCCAACCCGGGCCAAUUUGAAAGUGACAACGAGGUGUUGUGGCAGCGAGGCCAACUGCCAGACUCAGUCUACCACCACGGCAGAGUGGGGAUUAAUACAGACCGACCCGACGAGGCCCUUGUUGUCCACGGCAACCUGAAGGUCAUGGGAUCUCUGGUUCACCCGUCUGACAUCAGGGCCAAAGAAAAUGUCCAGGAGGUCGACACCACAGACAAUUUAAAACGGAUUUCUCAGAUGAGGCUGGUCCAUUAUCAAUACAAGCCUGAGUUUGCUGCCACCGUGGGCAUAGAGAACACUGCAGAGACCGGAGUGAUCGCACAAGAGGUUCAACAAAUCCUGCCUGAAGCAGUAAAGGAGGGGGGUGACGUGGUGUGUGCCAACGGAGAAACUAUCCCCAACUUGUUAGUUGUCAACAAGGAGCGUAUCUUUAUGGAGAACGUCGGAGCAGUGAAGGAGCUGUGUAAGCUGACAGACAACCUGGAGACUCGUAUUGAUGAACUGGAGCGUUGGAGCCGUAAACUGGCCAAACUACGUCGUCUUGACAGCAUGAAGAGCACCGUGAGCGGAGGCACUGUCAGCCAAUCAGGAAGCUAUUUUAGCAGGACAGGGAGCGGCCCACUCAAAAAGAAGCCAGUCAAACCUGGGAGCAAGAGCCCGCUUCCAGAUCAGGGCUGCAUCAGUCAGAAGUUCAUGCAGGGGACCAUCCUGGCACUGGUCAUUGUCAUGGCCUUCAGUGUCAUUUCCAUGUCCGUCCUCUAUGUGCUCACUCUUCACCAUAGAGGAGAUGUCACCGAGAAAGAUGGCUAUCUUCCUUCCUGUGUUCUCUACAUCUCUUGGAUGCCCAUCUUCACUGCCACUGUAACUGUCUGUCCGCCUGUCUGCCCAUGGUCAAGUGCUGCACUGGGGUCCUCACGCAAGAGUCCAAAUACUCCAAUGUCAACCACUCCCGAACCAGCUUGCUGUUCGACAACAGCCGUAAACAACCAAUCAGCUACCGUGUUGACACUGAGUAACAACCAAUCCACACCAGGUUUAGGAAGCCCGGUUCCCACACCAGCCACUAUUAUGAAGAAGGCCAAGUCUAGACCAAUGGAGAAGGAUGGCCAUAAUAGAAACCGUCUGAGUCACACCUCAGCGCCCAUGUACUUCGCCAAGUCCAAAAGGCCUGCUUCUACAGACCUGGACGGCGCGGGGGCCAACAACCGCCUGCCUGGGGGGCAGCAGCCAGUGCCACGCAGACAACGCAGCCUCCAUACAAAGGGAGGAAGGUCAGCUCCCUCUCUCAUUAGUGUAUAUAUCGUGGAGACAAACCAAGAAAUCACAGCACAGAGUUGCGCAACAGCAGAGAGCUGCAGCUAUACAAUAUCACUUCAUGGAAAAAGAAAUUCCUCCAUCUCACAAAUCACUUUGCACAUGAUGUCCACAAACAGCAUGUGGGUACGACAAUGUGGAACAACCAGGGGACGGUUAUGUCCCAACCACACAGAAACAGAGCUGUACAGUGGACAGAGGACAUCAGCAAAGGGGACUCAUCAUCUGUGGUCACUGCCUGUUCUGUCCUUCCAGGACGUCACAUAUCACUUCCGUGUCUCCCAGUCCAGUGAAGUGAGCUGUGCCACCGAUGAAAAACCCUCAUCAUACUCUGACUACCAUUUUAUCAUUCAGAGCAGCUGUGUGUGAGGAGGAAAAUGAUGCAUCCCAGCGCCUUUACAGUACACCACGUUUCUCCAUUGCAGUUCGACUUCUAUGCUGUUGUGAUAGGAUAGGGCUUUGUUUUAUUAUUGUACAUUAUUUUAAAGGUAUUCUUACAGAACAAACUAUAUAUUGUACCACUGCUCCAACUGUAAUUCCCUCCAUAUGUAUAUGCAUUAAGACAUCUCUUUUUGCUGUGAUCACUGGAGUUCUAAAGACUGUCAAAGUUUUUUUUUUCUUUCCUGUCACUGGAAAUGUUUUUGCCACUGUCAACUGUGUUGCGUCACUGUUAACUGCUAUUGAAAAUUAACGUCCAUGAGUUUCUAGCUCAUUUUUUUUGCUGAUCACUACGUCUGCCAUACUUAAUAUCAACAAUAAUUACUUUUAGCAACAAGUUCAGGCUAAAAUGUUGUAGAUGACACUGCAUACAUUUUUGUUUUCCUUUGUAAUACUAUGAAUCUGUAUGUACACUGAAAUUGGUGUCACCUGAAAGCAAAAAUACUUUUCAAUAGUUUUAGACACUGGAGAGGAGCCUCAGUGAAUCGUUGCAUCUCGCGUUAAGAAUAUACCUCAGUAGUGCACACUGGCAAAUCGUGGCUCUCUGCAGCGGAAUUUUGUGUUGAGGCCGCUGCAGUCGACUCCACUGCAUCUGAUUAAACACUGUACACAGAGAGACAUACUUUGGAGUAUUUCUAUCUCAGGUGUGACACUGUAUGAAACAUCAAGAUGUUACAGAUAAUAUUUGUGCAAAUGACUACACUGAAAACGUUCCUUAAGUGAAGGCACACAUUUGAAAGACUCCCGAGUCAUGAUUAUUUUUAGCUGAUUCACUGGAUGAUCUGUGUUAAGACUGGAGAAGUAAACAAAAUGUACAUGUAUAUACACUGACCAUUCUUACCAUCUGAUAGUGGAAAUGCAAGAGGUCCAACACUGACAAUAUUUCAAGAAACACUGGAAUAGCUUAUACUGUAUUUUUUGCUAACUGGACAAUGGUGGUAAGGCAAUAAGUGGCAUAAAUCAUUUCAGGUGCAUGCCCAAUCAUUUCUCUAAAAUGAUGCACCGUUGCUCAGAAGCUGCUUCAGCUUGGAAGAUCUAUUAUAUGCCUUGAUCAUAAAGCUGAAAAGAAGUUUAUGUACCAACGGCGCAGCGAUGAAAUUGGAUAUUAUACACUGGAUUCUUUCAUGCUUUCCUCUAGAUGUUGAAAAUAUUUUUCCUGUGCCUGUACAACUAAGAAUAUGCAGUAAUAACAACUUUAAUAUGAAUUAUAUGGGGUUGCUUUUUUGUAUUACCUUUUCUUGUCUCAGAAGAAUUCUUCACCAAAUUUCACACACUAUGCUUUAGUUGUGUUUGUUGAUGUUUGCUAUUAAAUUCAUAUUUUGUCUGUCUGUCUGUAUUCAGAAAAAACACACACUUGUAACUCAAAUGUAAUAUCGAUAUUAAAUAGGAGGAACAGCCAUCAGACAAAGUUUAUGAAAUUUAUAAUAAUGUCAAGACCUUGUACAAUGCUUUCAGCUAUAAUUAUUAUGUCUUCAGUGGGUAUAGAGUACUAUUUUAGCUUAUUUAUAAUGCACCAGCUAGCAUAAUGAAACCACUGUAGCACUUUUUGCACUGUAUAUAUAUAAAAAUAUAUAUAUGAACUGCUUUUGCUGUAUCCACUGCACCAGUCUGGUGUCAGAUACUCUGAUAGAACUGCAUUACAUAUAACUGUAUAGCUUCAUUUUGUUACUACCAAUGCUCCUUUUUAUCUGAUGUGUUUUACCAUACUGUUUUUAUCACUGAUUUUUUUUUAUCAGUAAUAUUUUACCUUUUACCCAUUGAAUUAAUUGACACACACACACACACACACACACACACACACACACACACACACACACACACACACACACACACACACACACACACACACACACACACACACACACACACACACACACACACACACACACACACACACACACACAGUAAAGAAAAAAAAAUGGCAAACUCGUUGGCAACAUUAAUAUUACUACUUUUUCUUUAUAGGCCAUUUUAUCAUUACAUUUUGAAAGCUCUUGUUGUCAAAAAUAUGCUGUAAUACUAUGAAUGCAUGCAGUAAAUAAAUUUGUGAUUGAA